GAGCUAUGCACAAUGACGCAACAAUGGGCAGACAAACUGUCGUUUGCCCAGGACCUUGCCCACAGCGGCAACAAGUACAAGGGCAUCCGAGUCGGGGAGAACAUUGCCAUGAAAUGGACGUCCAACAAAGCUGUGUACAGACGUAAGUUGUACAUUGUACAUGUGCAGACGCGAUGAGUGCAAUGGGGAGUCGUGAAUUGUACAUGUACAUGAACAUAUGGUGGAACCCCGCAAAUCAUUUUGUAAGGUAUAAAACUAAGGAGAACACUGGUCGUUAAAGCCUUUUUAAACGACAGCACUAAACAACGAACGUAUUGGCCAAAAGCCGUCUUUGGUGGACAAUGAAAAAUGAAAUGUAAAAUAACAAUUACUUUUAAAAUAUUUACCUCGUAACAUAUAAAAGCUGAUAUAUGUUUUGGUUUGAGAGCAAGCGAUCGUUUGAGACUAUCUCCCGAUGGUAUGAGAGCAAGCGAUCGUUUGAGACUAUCUCCCGUUGGUAUGAGAGCAAGCGAUCGUUUGAGACUAUCUCCCGUUGGUAUGAGAGCAAGCGAUCGUUUGAGACUAUCUCCCGUUGGUAUGAGAGCAAGCGAUCGUUUGAGACUAUCUCCCGUUGGUAUGAGAGCAAGCGAUCGUUUGAGACUAUCUCCCGUUGGUAUGAGAGCAAGCGAUCGUUUGAGACUAUCUCCCGUUGGUAUGAGAGCAAGCGAUCGUUUGAGACUAUCUCCCGUUGGUAUGAGAGCAAGCGAUCGUUUGAGACUAUCUCCCGUUGGUAUGAGAGCAAGCGAUCGUUUGAGACUAUCUCCCGUUGGUAUGAGAGCAAGCGAUCGUUUGAGACUAUCUCCCGUUGGUAUGAGAGCAAGCGAUCGUUUGAGACUAUCUCCCGUUGGUAUGAGAGCAAGCGAUCGUUUGAGACUAUCUCCCGUUGGUAUGAGAGCAAGCGAUCGUUUGAGACUAUCUCCCGUUGGUAUGAGAGCAAGCGAUCGUUUGAGACUAUCUCCCGUUGGUAUGAGAGCAAGCGAUCGUUUGAGACUAUCUCCCGUUGGUAUGAGAGCAAGCGAUCGUUUGAGACUAUCUCCCGUUGGUAUGAGAGCAAGCGAUCGUUUGAGACUAUCUCCCGUUGGUAAGAGAGCAAGCGAUCGUUUGAGACUAUCUCCCGUUGGUAAGAGAGCAAGCGAUCGUUUGAGACUAUCUCCCGUUGGUAAGAGAGCAAGCGAUCGUUUGAGACUAUCUCCCGUUGUAAUUGAAGUGUAAUAUCUGAACCAAGAUGAAGCGUGUGCAGAUCAUUAGAUCAGGCCUGCACAACAUACGGCCCGCGGGCCGCAUGUGGCCCACCAGAACGAGGUAACGAAAAACUCUUUAGUCUUAUUAUUUUCUUAAUAUCUUUCCCCCUGACAUAUAUUCUUUUGGCCCGCACAAGUCAUGCCCUAUUAUCUUUUGGCCCGCACAAGUCAUGCCCUAUUAUCUUUUGGCCCGCACAAGUCAUGCCCUAUUAUCUUUUGGCCCGCACAAGUCAUGCCCUAUUAUCUUUUGGCCCGCACAAGUCAUGCCCUAUUAUCUUUUGGCCCGCACAAGCUUUUUAUAAUGUAUUACGGCCCGCCUUACAUUUUUUACAUAUAAUCAUGAUUAUAAUGGAAAGAUAUGAUGUAAUCAUGAUUAUAGUGGACAGAUAUGAUGUAUAUAUGUCCUGAUACCCUUCUGCAGCCGAUGAAGUCUGUGACCAGUGGUACAACGAGGUCAAGAACUUCCAGUUCGGAGUCGAACCCACGGCGCCCAUCGUAACUGCAGGUGAAUGUCCGGGUUUGUGUCGACUGGAUGUUAUGGGGCUGGUCAACCUGGCUUCGGGGAUGCAUGCCAUGUCCUCGUGUCAUUGAGUGCGGUAACACCCCCUCCCCCCAACCCUCCCUACCCCCGCCAUUCAACAAGAUUCAUGCGAUUUGUGAAAACAAUAGAGACGAACAAAAAAAUGUAUCAUUAGAUAUAUAAUUUAUUUUUUAAUGUCCUGGUAUUAUCCUUUUCUUAAGCAGACAUCAUGAGCAUCAGACAAAAACAAGUGGAUAUUCUUGCGCCUUCGAUAAGUCAUGAUUACCUCCAACCCCAACCCCCCCCUCCCAACUGUUUAACGCGGGUGUCAGGCAGGGGCGUCAUUUCAAUUUUUUCACGAGUGGGGGGUGUAACCCAAAACGUGUCGGCUUGUUAAGUUGUUUAUCACUGUCGGCGCCACAGUACACAGCAAUUUAAAUAAGACCUAAAAAUUCAGGAGGGAGGGGGGUGGGGGGAAAAUGCCCCACCCUGCCCUACCCAAAUGACGUCCUUGGCUUCAGGGUUGGGGGGGGGGGGGGGGGGGGGGGGAUCUGCUCUCUUUUCAGGAUAAUUUGAAGGAAUUCCGAUAACAAACAAUUUUAAAUAUUAAACAAGACACUGGUCAUGACGUCAUCUACUUUUAAGAAGUCGGAUUGAUGCCUAUCCUAAACCACCAAAACGCUAUAUUCACUCCUUCCGGUGGUCACCAAAUUGUUACAACGUCAAGAGGGAGCGUAAUUUAGAAUUUGAAAUGGGAUUUCAGGGGAAAGAACCAUAUAAAUAAUUACGAAGAGGGUGAAGAGAGUUAUUUCCCUUGAUUCAAUGGAAGUUUUCUGACAAGGCUUGAUUAAAACUUAUUUGAUAGGAAAAGGUAUAGUCGUACAAGAUUGUACAUGAUCACGUGGUGCGUGUGUGCACCAAACUCUUUAACAGACUAGUUAUUUCGGAAGCAAACGGUGGAAAAAAAGAUGGAUAGUGUCUGAUUGUGAAUUGGUUUUUGUGGUAGGUGAUUGGUGGAUGGUUGUGAAGAGAGGGUUUUUGUGGUAGGUGAUUGGUGGAUGGUUGUGAAGAGAGGGUUUUUGUGGUAGGUGAUUGGUGGAUGGUUGUGAAGAGAGGGUUUUAGUGGUAGGUGAUUGGUGGAUUGUUGUGAAGAGAGGGUUUUAGUGGUAGGUGAUUGGUGGAUGGUUGUGAAGAGAGGGUUUUUGUGGUAGGUGAUUGGUGGAUGGUUGUGAAGAGAGGGUUUUUGUGGUAGGUGAUUGGUGGAUGGUUGUGAAGAGAGGGUUUUUGUGGUAGGUGAUUGGUGGAUGGUUGUGAAGAGAGGGUUUUUGUGGUAGGUGAUUGGUGGAUGGUUGUGAAGAGAGGGUUUUUGUGGUAGGUGACUGGUGGAUGGUUGUGAAGAGAGGGUUUUUGUGGUAGGUGAUUGGUGGAUGGUUGUAAAGAGAGGGUUUUUGUGGUAGGUGAUUGGUGGAUGGUUGUGAAGAGAGGGUUUUAGUGGUAGGUGAUUGGUGGAUGGUUGUGAAGAGAGGAUUUUUGUGGUAGGUGAUUGGUGGAUGGUUGUGAAGAGAGUGUUUUUGUGGUAGGUUUUUGAAGGGGGUCGUGAUAAGUGAGGAUGUAGCGACUAUGACGAAAGCCUUCCAUUGUCAGUCGUAACUUAACUAUACGACGAUCCACCUAACAAGUACUUCCAUUUUUUUUUUCCGGUUCACUUGAGGUCACUUCACGCAGAUGGUCUGGCGGAACUCCACGGAGAUCGGUGUGGGCCGGUCCCAGGCCAAAGAUGGCCGCUCAAUUGUUGUCAUUAGUUACUUCCCGCCGGGGAACGUCAUGGGCGAGUUCAUCUCCAACGUCCUCCCAGUUCAUGACGUAUGACAGUGUCACGUGAUGGCGAUGACAUAGGAUCAUGUCACGUGAUGGCGACCUACGAUGGGAAAUGAUCUU